UCUUCUAAAGCACUUUGAGCGAGUCGGAUAGUCUAAAAAGCAGAGGCGCACUCUCUCUAUCACUCUUCCUUCAAAAGUGAGCGAAGAACGAACCAGCUUCUCAUUCAAUUCAAUUCAAUUCAAUUCGAAGCCCUUGAAUGUGAGAAAAGUACUCUGUGGAGCCCCUCAAGAAUUUCUUCAUUUUAUAUAUAUAUUCGUUGCUUUGUCUCAAAGCCAUUUCUCCAUCGAUAUCUUCCUUCAUAUAGGUUCAAUUCCUCUCUUCCUUCUUAAUUUUUCUCUGCUUAAACGUUGCUUUGUCAGAUAUAUAUAUAUAUAUAUAUCUGCAUCCAAAUUGGAGUCCGUGCAUGUGGGACAAUAGUUCCGACGACGGUUGGUUGAUUAUUGUUGAACUUCUUUAUAGGGAUUUGAAAUUGGUUUAAGAGAAUAUAUGUAGAAGUUUUGGUUGGAGUGACAUUUGAACUCCACAUGGAACAAUUGAUGGAUGAAAAAUCAUUCCCUGCAUGGUCAUGGCCAGUUGAUCAGUGUUUGAAAGAGUACCAAGUGAAACUAGAUAAGGGUCUUAGCACAUUUGAGGUUGAGAAGCGGCGUGAGAGAUAUGGUUGGAAUGAGCUCAAGAAAGAGAAGGGGAAGCCCCUGUGGCGACACGUAUUAGAACAGUUUGAUGACAUGCUUGUAAAAAUUCUUCUAAUUGCAGCCUUCAUAUCUUUCAUUCUAGCUCACUUGCAUGGAAAUGAAUCUGGGGAAUCUGGGGUUGAAGCCUAUGUGGAGCCAUUUGUGAUCGUGUUGAUUUUAGUACUUAAUGCCAUUGUGGGAGUUUGGCAAGAGGCUAAUGCUGAGAAGGCACUUGAAGCCCUUAAAGAGAUGCAAUGUGAAUCUUGCAGGGUUUUAAGAGAUGGAUAUUUAGUGCCAGAUUUGCCAGCAAGAGAAGUUGUCCCUGGGGAUAUUGUGGAAUUGCGGGUUGGUGAUAAAGUCCCUGCUGACAUGCGAGUUGCAGUUUUGAAAACCUCAACCCUAAGAGUUGAACAGAGCUCGUUGACUGGAGAGGCAAUGCCUGUUCUAAAAGGCACUAAUCCUAUUUUCGUGGAUGACUGUGAAUUGCAGGCUAAAGAAAAUAUGGUGUUUGCGGGCACAACAGUUGUGAAUGGUAGCUGCAUUUGUGUUGUCAUAAGCACUGGGAUGCACUCUGAGAUUGGCAAGAUUCAAAGGCAAAUUCAUGAGGCUUCUCUGGAAGAGAGCAACACGCCUUUGAAAAAGAAGCUUGAUGAAUUUGGGAAUAGACUUACAACUGCAAUUGGCCUUGUUUGCCUCAUUGUGUGGGUUAUUAACUAUAAAUAUUUCCUCAUAUGGGAUAUUGUGAAUGGAUGGCCUACAAAUUUCCAAUUUUCUUUUGAGAAGUGCACAUAUUAUUUCAAGAUAGCUGUUGCCCUUGCAGUUGCUGCAAUCCCAGAAGGUCUUCCAGCUGUAAUCACAACAUGUUUAGCUCUGGGUACGAGGAAAAUGGCACAAAAGAAUGCCGUUGUACGAAAGCUUCCAAGUGUCGAGACCUUAGGAUGUACAACUGUCAUUUGUUCAGACAAAACUGGGACUCUGACAACAAAUCAGAUGUCUGUGACAGAAUUUUUCACUUUAGGAGGGAAAACCACCACGUCUCGAAUUUUUCGUGUUGAAGGGACAACUUAUGAUCCUAGAGAUGGGGAAAUUGUUGAUUGGAACUGCUAUAAUAUGGACGCUAACUUGCAAGCUAUUGCAGAAAUUUGUGCAGUCUGCAAUGAUGCUGGUAUUUUCAGCAAUGGCCGCCUCUUUCGAGCAACAGGUCUGCCCACUGAGGCAGCUCUUAAGGUUUUGGUGGAGAAGAUGGGUGUUCCAGACAGCAAGGUAAAGAGCAAAAUCCGUGAUUCACAGCUUGCAGCAAACUAUUUGAUUGACCACGACACUGUUAAAUUAGGCUGUUGUGAAUGGUGGACGAAAAGAUCAAGGAGACUUGCUACAUUGGAGUUUGAUCGUGUUCGCAAGUCUAUGAGUGUAAUCGUCCGUGAGCCAACUGGGAAUAAUCGACUUCUUGUCAAGGGUGCUAUUGAGAGUCUUUUGGAGCGUAGUUCACACGUGCAACUUGCAGAUGGGUCACUUGUUCCAAUUGAUGAACCUUGUAGGCAACUUUUAUUGUCUAGAAAUUUGGAGAUGAGUUCAAAGGGAUUGCGGUGCUUGGGUUUGGCAUACAAGGAUGACAUGGGAGAGUUUUCAGACUACUAUACUGAAAAUCAUCCUGCCCACAAGAAAUUGCUUGAUCAGGCUUGCUACUCCUCCAUUGAAAGUAACCUAGUUUUUGUAGGUGUUGUUGGUCUAAGGGAUCCACCUCGUGAGGAAGUUCACAAAGCAAUUGAUGAUUGUAGAGGAGCUGGAAUUAAAGUCAUGGUGAUAACUGGUGAUAACAAGUCCACUGCCGAGGCUAUCUGUCAGGAGAUUAGAUUGUUUUCUGAAGGCGAUGAUCUCGGAGGGAGAAGUUUUACAGGCAAAGAGUUCAUGGCUCUUUCCUCUUCAGAACAAAUAAAAAUUUUGUCAAAACCUGGAGGGAAGGUGUUUUCACGUGCGGAGCCUAGGCACAAGCAAGAAAUUGUAAGGAUGCUAAAGGAGAUGGGGGAAAUUGUUGCAAUGACUGGAGAUGGUGUUAAUGAUGCACCUGCACUGAAACUUGCCGAUAUUGGAAUCGCCAUGGGUAUCACUGGGACAGAGGUUGCAAAAGAAGCUUCAGAUAUGGUGCUGGCAGAUGAUAAUUUCAGCACUAUUGUUUCAGCUGUUGCUGAGGGUCGCUCUAUUUAUAAUAAUAUGAAAGCUUUUAUCAGGUACAUGAUAUCAUCUAAUUUUGGGGAGGUUAUAUCUAUAUUCUUGACUGCUGCUCUGGGCAUACCAGAAUGUUUGAUGCCAGUGCAGCUUCUAUGGGUCAAUUUGGUCACUGAUGGCCCACCUGCAACAGCUCUUGGGUUUAACCCUGCUGAUGUUGAUAUAAUGCAAAAACCGCCGCGCAAAAGUGAUGAUGCUCUAAUAAACUCUUGGGUUCUCUUUCGAUACAUGGUAAUAGGUUCAUAUGUGGGCAUUGCAACCGUGGGCAUUUUUAUCUUGUGGUACACUCAGGCUUCUUUGUUGGGUAUCAAUAUUCUAAGUGAUGGGCACACACUUGUUGAAUUAUCUCAGCUUCGCAACUGGGGAGAGUGCUCCUCAUGGGCAAAUUUCUCUGCAACUCCAUUCACAGUUGGUGGAGGCCGUGUGAUUACUUUCUCAAACCCUUGUGACUAUUUUUCUGUUGGUAAAGUGAAGGCAGUGACUCUGUCACUUUCUGUCUUGGUGGCGAUUGAGAUGUUCAAUUCCCUAAAUGCCCUUUCUGAAGACAACAGUUUGGUUAGAAUGCCACCUUGGAGGAAUCCAUGGCUUCUUGUUGCAAUGUCGGUCUCAUUUGGGCUCCACUGCCUGAUACUCUAUGUUCCUUUCCUAGCAGAUGUAUUUGCUGUUGUUCCACUAAGCCUGAACGAAUGGCUUCUGGUCAUUUUGGUUUCAGCACCAGUGAUUCUAAUUGAUGAGCUCCUUAAAUUUGUGGUAAGGAGUAGAAGAUGGAAAGCAAAGAUAAAGACAGCAUAAUUUGUGUAUCAGGUUCCCGCUUGGUGAAGCAUUGUCUUUCCGCAGGUCAUUAAUUAGAAGAAAAAAUGUUGAGGUUUUAAGAAAUAAUUUUCGUUCAUAUAUGUUUCUUUCUUUCUCGCUGCACAACAAUACCUUGUUCCAUAUUGAUGGAGUGACAUUAAUUAUGUUUGUUCGGAAAAUUAACAGAAAUGAAAUGAGAAACGAAUUUUAGUUAUUUGUUGAA